AUGCUGCCCACGCCCCUUUCUCGGUCAUGCCCCUUCCGGUCCCUCCCCCAGCGCCGCGCCCCGUCCUCUCAGGCCGUGCUCCGGCUCUCUACGCUUCUUCCGUCCGGUGCCUUUCCUGGCUGCGGCUCCCUCAGACCUCGCGUGUUCGGGCCGCUGCCCCGCGUCGGCCCUGCGCUGGAGUGGUCGGUGUCGGACCCCGUGGCCCGGGCCGGGGAGGCACCCUGGGCGGCCCUGGAGGCCCCCGCCCGCCUCCUGCUGCAGGCGCUGCAGGCGGGGCCCGAGGGCGCCCGGCGCGGGCUGGGGGUUCUUCGCGCCUUGGGCCGCCGCGCCGAGCACUUCCCCUGGGGCGGCUUCCUCGAGGCGCUGGGCCGCACAGAGCCCGAGGUGCGGGGCCCCGACGGCCGCCUGGAGCUGACUCCACUGCUGCUACAGUUGCCCGGGGUAUGCCGGAAGAACCUGAUGACCCUGCUGAUGGCUGUUCGACCCUUGCUACCUGAGAGCGGCCUCCAUUCUGUGCUGCACCUUGCCCAGCAGGACACAGCAUCUACUCCUGAUGCCUGGCUCCAUGCCCUCGCGGUGCUGCUAAGAAGGGAUGUGGGGACUGGAGUCUCUGUGGAGGGAACCUCUCCAUUGUCCCCAGGCUGUCAGUCACAGCUCCGAGACCUGUGUGGACACCUGGGCCGGGGCGGUAGGGGCCUGAAAUUGGCUCCAACUCUAGAGGACCAGCACUUGCAGCUCCGUGGGAAGCGGAGGAAGGAGCCAGAGGAAGAUCCUGCCAGCCCUGAGUCAGAGAGAGCCCCUAAAAGGUUCCGGAGUUUGGAGGACGAGAAGAAGGACCAGGAAGAGAGACCCAAGUUAGAGUCCCGGGAAUCCCCAUCAGAUGCAGGAGGCGUGUCCCCUGACCCAAAGCGGACUGCUACUGAGGCGGAGACUCCUGAGACUGGCCCGGGUGUGGAGGAGGCCAAGGGUCCAGCUGAAAGGGUGGAGUUGCCCCAAGCUGUCCAGGACCAGGUGCCCAGACUGCAGCAGCUGCUGAAGGCCUUCCAGGAGGGGCUGGAGGGGUUGGAAGAUGAGCCCCCAGGGGACCUGCAGUUUCUCCAUGAAUGUGGUCCCAGCCAGAUGGAGUUGCUCUGCAGCCAGCUGCAGCUGAAUCAGCUCCCUGAUGGAGGCCUCCUGCAGUUCUGCAGCUACCUGCUGAGUCUCACACCAGCCCUCAGCAUCAGCAAUGCCUCCAUCUUGGCCAGGAGCCUCUUUCUUGACCGGAUCCUCUCCCUGCCAUCCUCCGCCUCUAGGCUGCUCAGAGCUGCCCUUGUCUCCUUCUGUGUGAAGUACACCUACGUUGUCUGCAAGACCCUGCUAGUUCCCCUACUCCAGGACCCGAGCAUGGGUCCUGUGCAGACCGAGCUACUGUGCUGUCUUGUAAAGGAUGAGUCCUUGGAGCCAGACAUGCAGGUCCGGAUUCUGGGGCAGGUCCUGGAGCUGGCCUGGAGGGAGGAGACGUUCCUGGUGUUGCAGGCACUCCUGGAGCGGCAGGUGGAGAUGACCCCUGAGAUGUUCAAUGUCUUGGUGCAAAGGCUCUGCAGAGAGGCGCCAGCAGCCACCACCUCCAUGCCCUACGCCAAGCUGAUGCUGACAGUGAUGACCAAAUACCAGGCCAGUAUCACAGAGCAGCAGAGCCUGGACCUGGCUGUGGCCCUAGAGCCCAACGCCACCUUCCUGAAGAAGUCCCUGCAGGCAGCGUUGAGACAUCUAGCCCGCUGACCACCCACAAGGACUCGGUUCCCUGACCCCUUGCCUCGGAACACACACAGCACAGCCAGCUCAGGAGUCAGCUGCCCUGGUGUCCAACACUCCUGGCUGGGCGGAGGCCUUCUUGACUUUACAGAGGAGGCCUUAGGCUCUGUACUGGCUACCACUCCUGACACAGUACAGGGACAGUGGAGGACCAGCGGUAGAUGGCAGUGUCCUGGGAGAGCGGGCUCCAGUGUGCUCAGGGCGAAUCUUUUGUCCUCAGGUGUAUGUUGUGACCCUCCUUUUCUGUUUGUUUCUGAACUGAAUAACUUUGCAAUAGUUUUUAAUAAGAAAAAAAAAAAGCUCA